CCGUUGACGGUAUUACAACAACAUUGAUCGGCUAGCUUGCCACACACGCACACAUUGUGGCCGGCCGUUCGGCCGGACGAUGUUGCUCAGACUGGCGUGCAAAUCGAAGCCCGUGGAUCAAGCGCGUCUUGUCACUGCAGCAGCGUUCAAGUGCACAGUCCUGCCGCCAUCGCCAUCGCCAAACGUCAGGUCAACACCGUGCUGCUUCCUCAGCAUGGCAUCAGGGGGAGAAGGGCCACCAGCGACACCUCCCAGACACAGCAACAGGCUAGCCAAGGAAAGGUCACCCUACCUGCUGCAACAUGCACACAACCCCGUUGACUGGUAUCCGUGGGGACAAGAUGCCUUCGAGCAAGCACGGAUUCAGGACAAACCUAUAUUUUUAUCAGUGGGCUACUCAACAUGCCACUGGUGCCAUGUCAUGGAGAGGGAGACUUUUGAGGACGAGGAAAUCGCCCAACUGCUCAACGUCAACUUUGUCUGCGUUAAAGUCGACCGAGAAGAGAGACCCGAUGUGGAUCGAGUAUACAUGACCUUUGUGCAGGCGACAAGCGGAGGUGGAGGAUGGCCGAUGAGCGUGUGGCUAACUCCCGAUCUCCGCCCUUUCAUCGGUGGCACCUACUUCCCGCCCAGAGACCAAGGGAGACGACCUGGCUUCAAAACGAUCCUCGGCCGAAUCACGCAGCAGUGGCAGAAUAACCGUUCCGACUUGGAGUCAAGCGGGAAGCGGAUUCUGGAGGCGCUGAAAAAAGCCAGCGCUGUGGCUGGGGAAGCAGGAGCCGGUCCUCCUUUGGCUCCGAGUGUGGCUCGACGCUGUUUUCAAGAGCUGGCCCAGUCUUAUGAGGAAGAGUACGGAGGCUUCAGGGAUGCGCCCAAGUUCCCCACACCGGUGAAUCUGAUGUUCCUCAUGUCUUACUGGUCUGUGAACGGCUCCACCUCGGAGGGUCCGGAGGCUCUGCGAAUGGCUUUGCAUACGCUGCGCAUGAUGGCGCGCGGUGGCAUCCACGACCACGUUGGCCAGGGCUUCCAUCGCUACUCCACCGAUUCUUCUUGGCACCUUCCGCAUUUUGAGAAAAUGCUGUACGACCAGGCCCAGCUUGCCGUGGCCUACGUCACUGCCUUUCAGGUAUCGGGCGAGCGGAUUUUUGCCGAUGUGGCCAAGGACAUACUGCUUUAUGUCUCCAGAGACUUGAGCGACAAGUCCGGCGGCUUUUACAGUGCCGAGGAUGCCGACUCCGUCCCGACAUCAGGCGGCGCUGGAAAACGCGAGGGCGCUUUUUACGUGUGGACGGCCUCGGAGGUUAGACGACUGUUGGGCGACGUGGCAGUGGGUGCGAGCGGCUCCGCCGCCACGCUAGCGGAGGUCUUCAUGCACCAUUAUGGAGUGAAAGAGCAAGGCAAUGUUGCCCCUGAACAGUGGGUCUUCACUUUGGUCUUUUGCCAGGACCCUCACGGGGAGCUGCGGGGCCAAAAUGUGCUGAUUGUGCGCUAUUCCGCAGAGUUAACAGCUGCGCGCUUUGGCAUUAGCGUGGAGACGCUCAAUGAGCUUUUGGCUUGGGCGCGAGCCAAAAUGGCCGAAGUGAGGAAGCUUCGGCCACGGCCGCAUCUGGACACCAAGAUGCUGGCCUCCUGGAACGGUCUGAUGGUGUCGGCCUACGCCCGUGUCGGAGCCGCGCUUGGGGACGAGGCCCUGCUGGAGAGGGCGCUGCGGGCCGGCCGCUUCCUCAAGGAACACCUGUGGGAUGCGGAGAGGCGGACCCUUCUGCGAUCUUGUUACCGCGGAGACCAGAUGGAGGUGCAGCAGAUAUCGACGCCGAUUUCCGGCUUCCUGGACGAUUACGCGUUCAUCGUUUGCGGCUUGCUGGAUCUCUACGAGGCCACGCUGCAGAUAGAGUGGCUGCGAUGGGCCGAGGAGCUUCAGCUCAGACAGGAUGUGCUCUUCUGGGAUUGGGCGGGCGGAGGCUACUUUUCUUGUGAUCCAAGCGACACCACUGUUCUACUGCAACUCAAAGAAGAUCAGGAUGGAGCUGAGCCCAGCGCUAACUCGGUGUCAGCAUGGAAUGUGUUGCGUCUGUCUCAGUAUACGGGAAGGCAGGAAUGGCUCCAGCGCUGCCAAAAGCUACUGGCGGCCUUCUCUGAGCGUCUUACCAAGCUCCCCAUCGCUCUACCCGAGAUGGUCCGGGCCCUCAUGGCGCAGCAUCACACGCUUAAGCAGAUUGUCAUCUGUGGCCAAAAAGAUUCCCCGGAUACAAAAGCUCUUUUAGAAGCGGUCAACUCCCUCUUUCUACCACACAGGGUCCUGAUGCUUUUAGACGGCAGUUCGGACGCUUUCCUCCGCGAGCUUCUGCCCGCGCUCUCGUCCAUGCGUACGCAGGGCGGAGUGGCCAGCGCCUACGUGUGCCAGGACUUGACCUGCUCGCUGCCCGUUACCGAGCCCCAAGAACUACGCCGCCUGCUUCUGGACGGGAUUGCGGCCACGCAAGCAGAAUGAGAUGGGUUGAUUUGAUGUUCUUUUUUGAAUGAGCUGGAUUUAUUAGCAAACCUGGCGAGCCUAGCCUUUUUUUUUUUUUUUUUCCAUUUGGCUAGUUCAAUUAGUUCUACCAUGAAAGUGGCCUCCGCGUAGCACUUCCUUCCCAGCUUAAAUAUAUAUGUGAAGAAGAAGAAGAAAAGAACAAAAGUGUAUUUUAUAAGCUUGAUUUGACUGUAACCAAAUAGAAAUGUAUUUUCAGUCAAAUAAUGUUCCUGAUCUAAAUGAUGAUGAUGAUGAUGGACCUUACUCUAGCUAAUAAAUGAUCUGACUGGA